AUGCCCAAGUACUUCAAGUGGUCGAUUGAGGCCAAAAAGUUGCGUCGAACCAUAUCCGCUGCCCUUGGAGCAUUUAUAUCAGUGGCAGUUGCCAUAUUUGUGGGAUUCCUGUAUCUUAAACGCGCAAAGAAAGAACAAGUUCCUAGUGAAGGGGUUCUAUCGUCAGUUGCAACCGAGGAAAGAAUCUCGUAUUACAAACUUCUACAAGCAACUGACGGGUAUGAUGAGAGCAAUUUGUUGGGCACAGGAAGUUUUGGAUCAGUUUAUAAAGGCACCCUUGAUGAUGGGAGGAUUGUUGCAGUUAAAGUGUUUAAAAUUCAACAAGAAGGAGCAUUCAAUAGUUUUGAUGUAGAAUGUGAAGUAUUGUGCAAUCUUCGUCAUCGAAAUCUGACAAAAGUCAUUAGCAGCUGCUCAAAUAGAGACUUCAAAGCAUUAGUGCUUGAGUUUAUGCCCAACGGAAGCCUUGAGAAAUGGUUGUACUCCCACAACUAUUUUCUAGAAGUCAUGCAGAGAUUAGACAUAUUGAUUGAUGUGGCAUGUGCACUGCAAUAUCUGCACUACGGUUAUUCGAUUCCAGUGGUUCAUUGUGAUGUGAAGCCCGGUAAUGUGCUCCUAGAUCACGAUAUGGUUGCCCAUGUGACUGAUUUUGGUGUUACAAAGUUGCUGGGGCAUGAGGAUAGCAUUACGUACACCAAAACAUUAGCCACACUUGGCUAUCUUGCUCCAGAGUAUGGACUGGAAGGACUAGUAUCAACAAAAUGCGAUGUAUACAGUUUUGGAAUCACGAUUAUGGAAGUCUUUACAAGAAAAAGUCCCAGUGACGAAAUGUUUGGCGAAAAUUUGAGCCUGAAGAGUUGGGUGAGUGAUUCUAUGCUAAAUGGACUGGUUCAUGUUGUAGAUGCUAAUCUGCUGAGGUCCAAUCAUGAAAAGUUAGACUGCAUUUCAUCAAUCAUGAAAGUGGCUUUGAAUUGCACAAGGGAAUCUCCAAGGGAGAGAAGCAAUAUGCAUGAUGUUCUUGCUGAUCUAAAGAAGAUCAAAACUCAGCUCCUGCCAUGUUCAAAAGCAGGUCCAUGUCCUCCCAAAAAUUACUAGUUCUACCGAGUCUAAAGUCAUAUUAUAUAUAACUAGCCAGUUACGGUUGUAUUUGGUGCAGAUGUGUGUGAUUGUUGUCUUUUUUCAAAAUUUAGUGCAUAUUUAACAAUU